CUCCUGUAAACCUCUCACACGCUUCGUUCAUUUCCAACUCUCACUCACACAGGGCGAGAGUGAAAGCUCUAAUCUAUGUAAAAUCACCAUGAAUUUGAAGGCGCCAUUAACGAAUUAGGCCUUUUCUUGCUCUUCUUAUUUGUAAUUUGGUGAUAUGUCGAACAAGCGAGCUCCUGGUAAGCAGCAAAUUCCUCGGAAGAAAUGCAAUGAAAGGAAUAUUAAGGUUGCCGCCAAUUCGACUGUUUCUAAGAAGAGAAAGCAGCCGCAACACCUGAAUUCGGAAUCAUCUUUACGAUUACAGGAUGAUUUGUUAUCUCCUGAUUUUAUUUUGAGGAAAGUGUUCAGGAAAGACGGGCCUCCCCUCGGUGUGGAGUUUGAUAAUCUUCCUUCUCAUGCUUUUCGAUUCUGUAAUGUUAAAGAUUCAGGGAUCUCUCAUCGCCCUUGCCAAGAAAAACAAAGAGCACUUAAAAGACAAAAGACUUCCAAGCCUACCAAUGUUGAGGACCAGAUAAUCGCGCCAGAUAGUGCUCCAGUUAAACAUGGUAGGGGAAAAGGUUUGAUGACGGUAUGGCGACUUACAAACGAGGAGAGUAAUGCUGUGAAGAAACAUGGUAUUGGAAAAGGUUUGAUGACGAUUCGGCAAUUAACAAAUCCUGGUGCUGGAAACCUUCCAACAUGUGAUGACAAUGACCAUGGAGCUUGUUCCCAGUUUCCAGCUUCUACAUCACAAAAACCACCUGCUCAAGGGAAAAAGAAGUCGCGAAGACAACAACCUGUGCCGAGGAGGUUAGCCAACAAAUUACUAGAUAAGAAGUCUUUAGCCAGAAGUAAAAAGAAGGUGAGAUGUGAACAAGUGGGUAAGGAAAAGCAACUGCAGAGGGAAAUAUGUGAAAUUGCUCUGGUGGGAGGGAGAAGUGAAGAAGAUCUAAUCCAAUAUUCUAUGCUAGUAGAUGAUGAGGAGCUGGAACUAAGAGAACUACAUGAAGUAUCAAAUUCACAGGCAUGCUGUGCUCAUUGUUCAGCCAAUAGGUUGCAUGGUUGUUCCCUUUGCAAAGAUUUGCUGGCAAAGUUCCCUCCAGACUCUGUCAGAAUGAAGCAACCCUUGCAUAUGCAACCAUGGGAUUCUUCUCCACAACUUGUCAAAAAACUUUUUAAGAUAUUUCACUUUAUUAGCACUUAUGCUGUAAUAAUUGGUAUCGAAUCCUUCACGCUUGAUGAGCUUGCGCAAGCAUUUAUUGACAAGGAUUCUGUAUUACUUGGGAAACUUAAUUUAUCCCUUCUGGAACUGCUUCUCACUGGUGUUGAGAAGGAACUUGGUAGUGGAUUUGUGUCACAUAUGAGCAAAAACUGGAAGUAUCGUGGGUUGCUUCAGUCAGUUGAACAUCAAGACUCUGUUCUGAAAUUGUGGAAGAGAUCCUUGAAUUCCUUAACAUGGGUAGAGAUAUUACGCCAGGUGUUGGUUGCAGCUGGCUUUGGUUCGAAACGUGACACAACAACCAAGGAACCUGUUGACAAGGAAGCUGCUUUGAUGGGUAGUUAUGGCUUAAGCCCAGGUACUCUGAAGGGUGAAUUGUUCACUAUAUUGUUGUUGCAAGGGAAUAGUGGGAUGAAAAUAUCUGAAUUGGCAACAUGUUCAUCUAUUGUUGGAUUGAAGCUUGCAACUACGACUGUUGAAGUAGAGCAAUUGAUAAGCUCAAUGCUGUCAAGUGAUAUCACCUUAUUUGAGAAACUCUCUCCUUCUUCAUAUCGGCUUCGUAGUAACUCCAUCAUUAAGGACAGUGACGAUGAUCAAUCUGAUCUUGAAGACAGUGGAAGUGUGGACGAUGAUCCCAAUGAUAUUAGCAAUUAUAACAAUAUGGAUGAUUUAGACGAUGGUUCAGGGCCAUCAAUUGCAAGUAAACAUGGACAAAAGAACCUUAUUGAAAGCAAGGAUAGCAUGUUAACCGUCAACUCGGAAAUUGAUGAGAGCCAUCCUGGAGAAAUGUGGUUAUUGGGUCUGAUGGAAGGUGAGUUUUCAGAUCUAAAUAUUGAAGAGAAGUUGAAUGCUCUAUUGGCAUUGGUUGAUCUACUGAGAGCUGGCUCCAGUACAAGAAUGAAGGAACCUGUAAGAUCGGCUGUUCAGUCCAUUCCUAAUGUUUGUCAUAUUGGUUCUGGAGCAAAAAUAAAGAGAUCAACAGCAAAGCAACAACGAAUGUUCAUGCCACUCGAGAACAACUGCAGCCAGAUGAUUAAUAGUGGUGAAUCAGACACGAUACAAGAUAUCCAAACUGUUGAUUCUGCAGCAAUUAUCUCUGUGAUCCAAGAGAAAAGUUGCUCCAGUGGGCAAAAGAAUGCAAGAGAAAUAGAAGUUGUGCAUGAUUUACAUCCUAUGCAAUCAUUAUUUUUGGGAUCCGAUCGUAGGUAUAAUAGAUACUGGCUUUUCUUGGGCCCUUGUAACAUGUGUGAUCCGGGCCACAAGAGGAUUUACUUUGAAUCGUCUGAAGAUGGUCACUGGGAGGUGAUUGAAACAGAAGAGGCUUUGGCCAACUUGUUAUCAGCUUUGGACCGAAGGGGAAGACGAGAGUCCCGUCUUCUUUUUUCUUUGGAGAAACGGAAUGCUCUUCUUUGUGAAGCUAUGUCCAGUAUGCCUAAUGAUGCUAGAAGUGGGCAACCGGCCCUUUCUUGUGAAUCUGAAAGGAGUGUUUCCAGAGACGACAGCUCAUCGGCUGUGUCUGAUGUUGACAACUUGCUGGGCCUAAAUUAUGUGCAUCAUGACAAUCUGGCUUCUACUAGUGCUGUAGUUACUUCAAUUGGAAAUAGAGAGCAGGCGAAACAGAAAUGGUGUCGCCUUCAACAAUAUGAUGCAUGGUUAUGGAAUUCUUUUCAUUCUACUCUUAAUGUUGUUAAACAUGGCAAAAGGUCUUUUUUUGAUUCACUCACUAGGUGUGAAAGGUGUCAUGAUUUAUUUUGGAGAGAUGAGAAACACUGUCGGAUUUGCCAUACAACAUUUGAGCUUGAUUUUGAUCUAGAAGAAAGAUAUGCCAUUCAUGCUGCCACAUGUAGGGAUGAUUCAGCCCCAGAUAUGUUUCCCAAACAUAAAAUCUUGUCCUCACAGUUGCAAUCCCUCAAGGCUGCAGCAUACACACUUGAGUCAUCCAUGCCCGAGGGUGCAAUGGUGGGUGCUUGGACAAAAUCUACCCAUAAUGUAUGGGUCAAGCGGUUAAGACGUACUGCUACUCUGGCGGAGUUGCUACAGGUUCUUGCUGAUUUUGUUGGUGCCAUCAAUAAGGGAUGGUCGUAUCAAAGUGACACAGCUCUUGGGUUUGAUUACGAUUUGGAUGACAUCGUUGCAAGCUUUACAUCUAUGCCCCAAACAUCAUCUGCGGUUGCAUUGUGGUUGGUAAAAUUGGAUUGCUUAAUUGCUCCUCACAUAAAAAAAGUUGGCCUUCAGAAGACAACUGGUGUAUCUUCGAGAAGUACAUCAAAAGGUAAAGAUGCUCUAGUCCAGUAGAUAUUGUAUGUGAUUGGCAAGACUAUAUUUGAAACAAUUGCAUAUACGCCAAAUGAAUUGUUUCUGAAUCAGGGAGAGCAUGAAAUGAUGAUGCAGUCACCAUAGUGCAGAUUUGGUGAUGGGUGAACAACUCGGAGAAAGCAUCAAUAUAGGCAGUUAAGGGUGGGGUUCCAUUUUUGGUGGGAGUUAGUUGAGAUGAUACAUACAUUCUUGUACAGGCAGUUAUAUGGUUGGUUAAUUUUACAGCUUUUAGGAACAACAAUCACGACUCUUUCCCAUAUUUCUUCAUUCCUUAUAUAGAUGUAUGUGGUCUUCCAUUGUAGUUUUCAUGGGAAUUGGAAUAAAAUGUUCGAUAAAACUCAGAUUGUUGUGGAUGAAAAAUCUGUUAUGGUUGGACGCCUACAAUUUCAGUUGCUUUU